CAUUUUCAGAUGGCUAAUUCAUACACUUUGCUUGCGAAUUUGAGAGUCGGACGAUGCUCUAAUACUGCUGAGGUCCGCUUGCUGAGGUUCUGGGAGGCCAGAAAUAUCAACAAAGGUGGUGAACUGAUGAGUAUUGAGAUGCUGCUCAUCGAUGAGGCUGAUACCCUGGUUCAAGGGUGUGUUUCUGCUGUUCACCAACGUAAGUUCAGGGAACGUCUUGCUGAAGGAUCGGUUUACACUCUCAGCGGAUUUGACGUUACACGCAGCAAACCAAAAUUCAAGUUGAGUGAUGGCCCUGUCUCCAUCCGUUUCAAUGAAGGAACUGAUUUUGAGAAGCUUGCUGCCACUGCUAGAAUCAUACCUACAGAACAUUUCCGCUUCCGAACACAUGAACAGAUUCUUGAGUUAGCAAACACCUCCAGACAGCUCCCAGAUGUUAUUGGGGAGGUUCGUGCAAUUAGGAGUACCAUCACGGACCGUUUACCCGGAGCACAACGCGUGAUGCUUACUCUUCGUAUGGAGAGUGAUGUAAAUGUUUGUGUAAGUCUUUUUGAUUCCUUAGCUGUUGCGUUCCACACCAAGUUGGAUGGAUACGGGCGGGAGCCACGGAUUGUCCUCGUCACCGGAAUCAAUCCUAAAAUAGUCUUGGGCAAGUUAUACUUGAAUGGAACAUCUGCUUCAAGGAUUUUCUUUGACCGAGACCUCAGCUGGAAAGGAUCGGCUUGAAAGGCGAGACCUUUGGUUUAUAAUCUACAGUAGAUAUUUUGGUUCCCUGUAUUCUAUUCCUUUUGAUGCGUUUUCAUUAUUAUCUUCUUACAGACUACCAGGUGGUGGAGCAGACGAGACAGGGUCUUCAUCAAAGGUGGUUCAUGCACAAAAGAUCGAACCUCUCACCGUCGCUGAGCUUAACAAGUUUGUUCUCUCUGCUGAACCUCGGGUACAAACUGAUACAUUAGAAGUUACUCCCUCUUUAGAAUUGUCUAAUUAAUCGUUUUUUUUUCCCUUUAACAGAUCAUCGAAUUCCUUUGCACGGCUAAAGUAACUGGGAUUCAACUUGGCGAUGGUUGGUGCUACAUUGGCUGCUCUCUCUGUUCAAAGAAACUUAUCCGCGAGGAAUCUUCAUUCACCUGUCCCUCAUGCAAUGAAACCAAUGCUGUAGCUGAACUGAAGUAUCGGGUAGCAUUUUCUGUUUCAGACCCGACUGGCACAUCGUCUUUCCUUGGAUUUGAUAAAGAAGUUGCUAAGCUGACUAAUGUGCUAGCUUCCGAAGCUGCGCAGAUUGUGGGGAUUGGUAUUAGUGCCCAUGUUGACACUAAGCUUCCUCGAACUCUCGAUAACAUUGUUGGUAACACAUACACUUUCCAGCUCAAGCUAACAGACUUCAACUUCACUGCAAACCACCAGACCUUCACAAUCUCACGCAUGUUUGCUGCACCAGAGAUAGCUCCCACCCCAAGCUUUGCUGUGAGUG